CUCUCCUGGGUUUAGUGCGACACACCAAGCCUGGCUUGCUGAGAUUCCUCUGACAGCAACCAUGAGAGCUUCUCUACUCGUCCUGGCUGUGUUCGUGGGCUCCAGCCUGGCGCUGGUCUGCCAAGAGAUUGACGGCCGCCUCACGCAGAUCGACGUCAGCAACGGACAGGUGUUCGGAGUGAACAGCGGAAACUCGAUCUACACUCGCUACGGAAACAGCUGGGUGCAGCUCCCAGGUGCCCUCAAACACGUGACCGUGGGGCCCGCUGGAGUCUGGGGCGUGGACACAGAAUAUUUCAUCUACAAGCUGGUUGGGGGACGCUGGGUACAAAUUCCAGGUCUACUGAAGCAGAUUGACGCGGGAGGCGACCUAUUCGUCUCUGGAGUCAACAUGCAGGACAACAUCUUCUGCCUGAAUCGCGAUGCCACGGUGACCACGCGUGGUGGCGAGAGCUGCAUUCCCUGGAACUUGCUAACCGGGGCCCUCAAGUACUACUCCUGUGGCCCCUACAGCUGCUGGGGGGUGAACUCGAUCGACCAGAUCUUCGUGAUGAAGGGGGUGACCCCGGACGCCUGCAUGGGCAGCAAGGCGUGGGAGCAGGUCCCCGGAGCGCUGUCCAUGAUCGAGGUGUCCACCGACGGCAGCGUGUACGGGGUCAACUCUGCUAAAGACGUGUUCCGCAGGGACGGGGUCAGCGCUGCUAAUCCUGCCGGCACUGGCUGGACCUAUCUGAGCAUGUGCGGGAAAAGCAAGCACGUGUCAUAUGACCUGGGUGUGCUCUGGGUGAUCAGUCUAGAGGAAAAGAUCCUGACCUGCAGCUAAAACUCACCUACAGCCAAACAAACAGAAGACGUCCUUCCAGAACUCAGAAUUACACCCACGUACUGUAUAGCUUGCAGUAAGGAUUUGGACUUACUGUAAACUAUACCGUAUAUAUUAAGCUUGCAUUGUAGCCUUGCCCUGUAACACCUGUAAGUCACCCUGGAUAAAGAAUGGUUUACCAUUCGCAACUACAUUUUCACAAAUCUCUUAUUGCUUUGCUUAUUGCUGUUUUGUUUCAUAGUCUUCUGUUUUUUUAUGCCUGGUAUGGACUCUACUGUUCUCUCUAUGGAACAGCAGCUUUUUGAGUUUAUUUUAAGCUUCCUCCUGUCCAGGCACUGCCAUCUUAUAGAAAUAAAGCAAUUAAAAAAAAAAG